CGUGAGUGUGUCUCCAUACAUGUGGGACAGGCAGGCGUUCAAAUUGGGAAUGCGUGUUGGGAACUGUUCUGCCUGGAACAUGGUGUUCAACCAAGUGGAGAAAUGUACGGUGACCUAGGGAGAGAUUAUGAAGAUGCUAUGCAAACCUUUUACAGCGAGACUGGUGGUGGUAAAUACGUUCCGCGUGCCAUAUUUGCUGACUUGGAACCAACAGUUGUUGAUGAAGUGAGGAGGGGAACUUACAAAAAGCUCUUUCAUCCUGAUCAGCUUAUCUCCGGAAAAGAGGAUGCGGCCAACAACUAUGCCCGAGGUCACUACGGUGUGGGUAAACAAAUGAUCGAGUUGGUCCUUGAUCGCAUACGAAAACUUGUCGAGCCAUGUACCGGACUUCAGGGGUUUAUUUUCACACGCUCGUUUGGCGGUGGUAGCGGUUCCGGAUUCACAUCGCUACUUAUGGAACGCAUGAGCAGAGACUAUGGAAAAAAGACAAAAUUAGAAUUCGCUAUCUAUCCGGCACCUCAUAUUUCCACCGCGAUUGUGGAGCCGUACAACUCGAUUCUGACUACGCACGGAACUUUGGAACAUGUGGAUGCAACAUUUUUGCUUGAUAAUCAAGCGAUCUACGACAACUGCCUUAAUCGUUCAGCUGUAACACAUUUCUGGUACCUAGCUGCCAUGCCACCCGAAGGAAGCGUGAGGGCGGGGAUAUUGCCAGGUUGUCCAAGCCUUGACAGGGAAGCUGAGAGGCAGAGAUCAGAUUCGAACCACGGACAUUCCGGUCACCAUAAUCUGAACGUUGAGAGGCCCACAUAUACAAACCUGAACCGUUUGAUAUGCCAGGUGGUCAGUUCCACGACAGCAUCUCUGCGAUUUUCCGGAUCGCUAAACGUCGACCUGAUCGAAUUCCAAACCAAUCUGGUCCCUUAUCCUCGUAUCCAUUUUCCUAUGGUCAGCUAUGCUCCAGUGAUAUCAGCACAAAAGGCCAGACACGAACAGAUGACUGUAGCUCAGCUGACUAGUGCAUGCUUUGAGCCAAUCAAUCAGAUGGUCAAGUGUGAUCCUCGGAAAGGGAAGUAUAUGGCCUGUUGUUUGCUAUAUCGUGGUGAUGUGGUGCCUAAAGACGUCAAUGCAGCUAUUGCAACCAUCAAGACAAAAAGAUGCAUACAGUUCGUCGAUUGGUGUCCAACCGGCUUCAAAGUUGGAAUCACCAACCAGCCUCCAACAGCGGUUCCUGGUGGUGACCUGGCCAAAGUCCAGCGAGCUGUCUGUAUGCUUAGCAAUACCACAGCGAUUGCAGAGGCCUGGGCUCGUUUAGAUCGCAAGUUCGAUUUGAUGUUUGCUAAGCGCGCGUUUGUCCACUGGUAUGUCGGGGAAGGUAUGGAGGAAGGUGAAUUCCGUGAGGCUCGAGUAGAUCUUGGAGCGUUGGAGAAGGACUAUAAAGAGAUUGCGUGUGAAGUAUAA